AUGGUCGGCGGCAAGCUCGGCAGCACUACCGUAUCCGUGACCUUGAUUGGCACCGCCACAGCGAUUCUUCAGAUCGAUGAGGUCCGGUUUCUCACUGACCCGGCGUUCGAUGGCGCGGGCCACGAGUACACCGUCAUGCCGGGCAUGUCCAUCACAAGCACCGCUGAUCCGGUCCUCUCCAUCGACAAGCUGGGCCACAUCGAUGCGGUGCUCUUGAGUCACGAGGAUCAUGCCGACAAUCUCGACACGAUCGGUCGCCGCUUACUCGAUGGAAGGCUUGUGUUGACGACGCGCGAUGGUGCAAACAAUCUCGCUCCUCGCCCCGACGUCUUUGGCUUGGGCGGAUGGCAAAGCAAGCUGGUCAAGGUUGGCGGCAAAGACUUCAGCAUCACGGCCAUUCCCUGCGUCCACAAGUCGAGCAGCGCAUGCAUCGGCUUCGUGAUCGAGUCGCCCUCUUUCGGCGAGACCGACGGCCUCCCCAACGCCAUCUACUACACGGGCGACACCAUCCUCUUUGACGAGCUGUACAAGGUCAAGGACAAAUGGCACGUCUCGCUCCUCCUCAUCAACCUCGGCCGGGCCGAGGCUCCAGUCGGUGCCGAGGGUUCCAUGGAGCCCAUCACAAUGGACUCGCGUGCGGCAGUCGAGCUCAUCCAGCAGAUCAAGCCGGACGUUGUCGUGCCGCAGCACUUUGACUCUUGGGCUCACUUUGCCGAGCGCAGCGACCAGGUCAAGAAGAACUGGGCAGAAGCCGGUAUCACCAACGUCACGUACGCAAAGCCCGGAGAGGCGUUCAGGGUGCUGUAG